AUGAAGAGUUUAUUACCGUUGACCAGAAAGCAAUACACUUUUGUCAUGUUUCUACUGUUAGCCGGGUCAGAGCUAGCGUCGAGUCAACCCGGACAAUCAGACCCGAGUAACCCGUAUGAAUACAGCGGCAGGCUAAGUCCGGCUAUGGCUGGGUUCGUUGUGGCUGUAGUCGCCAUGCUCUUCUUCGUUGGGUUCUUCACCGUCUAUCUCCGCCACUGCACGCACGCAGUUGACUCUAGGGUAGGAGCGAGGAGAGCAACGAACGCGACGGUUGCGCGUGGCAUCGACGCGUCGAUGAUCGAGACGUUCCCGACUUUUGUCUACUCGGAAGUAAAGGUGCAGAAGAUCGGUAAAGGUUCGUUGGAGUGUGCGAUAUGUCUGAACGAGUUUGAGGACGAUGAAACGCUGCGUUUGCUGCCUAAAUGCGAUCACGUGUUCCACACUCUCUGCAUCGGCGCAUGGCUCCAGGGUCACGUGAUCGCAGCAGACACCGCGAUUCACCCAACGUAUAAGUCUAUGGAACUCUCAUAA